UUGGUCCUUUUUUUUCUUUUUACCUCGUCUAGUAUGACUAGUGCUCGCUGUCAUUAAGCUAAUUUCUCCUCCGUCUUCUCUCCUAUAGUUGUUUUUGAAACGGAUAAUUCUUGAGUUAUUGUCCUUUGUGAUUAGUCUUGCUCCUUGUUUGUAUUCUACGCUGCAGAAACGGGGUGAUCAUUAGGGUAAAAGUACUGUUAUUGUUGAGCGUACUGCACUGUGAUGUGUAGAUCCAGGGCGUCUGUCUGUAAUCUUAGUUUUCUUUUUGGUCUGUGCAUGUAAAUGUUACUUUUCCUUUUGCGUAAUUAAGUUUGUUCCAUGUGCUUCCAUCGGGAGAGCGAUCUUGUUUGUCACUACGAAAGGCUGUAAAGCUUCCAGUUUACCUUGCUGUUAAUGAUGGCAACUUCUAAAGAAAACGUAAUUGAAACUGAGCUCGACAGGGUCAGUGUGCAGUUAAUUAUUUUACCUCAUGCCGUUGCUGAAGAACAAUGUUAUAAAAGUUGGCUUUGUACAGCUGUGUAUUAGGAGUCUUGUGCAGAGCAGUUUGCUGAAAGUAUCUUUUCUGUUGGGAAGCAAUUUCAGUUUUGUCCACAAAGCGGUACUCUUCAUUGACAAUGACGUUCACGCUGCUAGGUAUCCAAGCCUGAGUAUUUUUCAUUUUGAAAAGUUUUAACCAAGUUUCCCCCCCCCCCUUUUUAAAAGUCCCCCCCUCGAUUGCUGCUUCUUAAAAUCGAUAGUUAGAAUUCAGACAGUAACAGAAGUUUUCAUUAAUUUCAGAAGAAAACUGAGGGAUCUUUGUUGCGGUGGCGCAAUAGCUUGGGAAUUCUCCGACUUAACUUUCGCUGGAGGUCGCGCAAAUUGACCUUAAAAGAAUGCAUAAGCCAUAAAUUAAAAUAAAGCCCUCAUCCAGAGGCUGAUCCAUUGAGAGACAAUAACACAACCUGAACAAACCAGGCUUCCUUUGCGAGCUGACAGAACGCUUUUCGGAGCUGUAAAGAGGGAACUUGACAAAUUGCUGUUAGCUGUGAGUUGAAGUUCCCUCAUAAGGUCAUUUUCAUGAAUUCAAAAUCAACUUACCAGUGAUCACUGGGUGCUGGGGCUAAUUUCUUUCUGUAUCAAACCCCAAAUGCUGACAUGGAGGGCUCUCUUCGUAGCAGCUUUUUACUGAGAUACCGAAGAGGGAUCGCAGAGGAGGACAACAGCCACUGUAUAAUAAUGUCUUCCAAGCAAGCCACCUCUCCGUUUGCCCCUGCCGCUGAUGGAGAGGACAGCAUGAACCAGGAGCGGGUGUCCUGGGACAAGGAGGAGAGCGCAGACCCCCACAUGGCCUCCCAGCUGCCUCUGCACAACAUGAUGCACAACAAACCUCACCCCGAGGAGCUGCCCACCGUCGUCACCAACAUCCCACCAGACUCCGACUGGGACAACAUGGUGUCCGCCCAACAGCGAAUGGAAUCUGACAGCAAUAAAGUAUGUUCCCUCUACUCCUUCCGGAAUAACUCUACCUCGCCACACAAGCCUGAGGAAGGGGCCCGUGAACGCGGUGAUCUCCUGACCGGGUCAGCCUUCGGGACGCCCGAGCGUCGCAAAGGAAGCCUCGCCGACGUGGUGGACACACUGAAGCAGAAGAAACUGGAGGAGAUGACGAAGACCGAGCAGGACGAAUCUUCUUGCAUGGAAAAGCUUCUCUCUAAAGACUGGAAGGAGAAAAUGGAAAGACUCAACACAAGCGAACUUCUUGGGGAAAUCAAAGGUACGCCCGAGAGCCUCGCGGAGAAGGAACGGCAGCUCUCCACCAUGAUCACCCAGCUGAUCAACCUGCGCGAGCAGCUCCUGGCCGCCCACGACGAGCAGAAGAAGCUGGCAGCCUCGCAGAUCGAGAAGCAGCGGCAGCAGAUGGAGCUGGCCAGGCAGCAGCAGGAACAGAUCGCUAGACAACAGCAGCAACUUUUGCAGCAGCAGCACAAGAUCAACCUUCUCCAGCAGCAGAUUCAGCAGGUUCAGGGUCACAUGCCUCCGCUCAUGAUCCCAAUUUUUCCACACGACCAGCGCACUCUGGCAGCGGCGGCAGCAGCCCAGCAGGGAUUCCUUUUCCCGCCAGGAAUCACAUACAAGCCAGGUGAUAACUACCCCGUGCAGUUCAUUCCGUCAACAAUGGCAGCUGCUGCUGCGUCUGGACUCAGCCCUCUACAGCUCCAGCAACUGUAUGCAGCUCAGCUUGCCAGUAUGCAGGUCUCACCUGGAGCUAAGAUGCCCUCUCUCCCUCAGCCCCCCAACCCAACAGGUCCCAUCUCACCCACAGGCCUCAAGGGGGAGAAAAGAGCCAACAGCCCUGUCACUCAAGUCAAGGAUGAGGGAACACAGCCGCUCAAUCUCUCAGCCCGGCCCAAGACAGCUGAACCUGUCAAGUCUCCAACGUCCCCCACGCACAGCAUGUUCCCAGUGAGCAAAACCAGUCCCAGCAGCCUGCCUGCCAAGAGUGGUAUCCCCAGCCCCCUUGGAGGAAAUCUCGGGAGAGGCUCUUCUCUAGAUAUUCUGUCCAGCCUGAACUCCACCGCCCUGUUUGGAGACCAGGACGCUGUGAUGAAAGCUAUUCAGGAGGCCCGUAAGAUGAGGGAGCAGAUCCAGAGAGAGCAGCUGCAGCACCACCAGCAGGGGCUGGAUGGGAAAUUGGCCUCCCUGAACAACAUGGGCCUGAACAAUUGCAGAAAUGACAAGGACAGAGUGCAGUUUGAAAAUCUGGGCCAUCAGCUGACAGCCAAACUGGGGGAAGAUGGGAAGAUAGGCCCCCGUGUGAUUGACCUCACCAGGCCUGAAGAUGUGGAUGGGAGUAAAGCAGUGAAUGGCUCUGCAGGUAAACUACAACAGUAUUAUUGUUGGCCAACAGGAGGCGCCAGCACCACUGAGGCGCGAGUGUACAGGGAAAGCCGGGGAAGGAACAGCAACGAGCCCCACAUCAAACGGCCAAUGAAUGCCUUCAUGGUUUGGGCGAAAGAUGAGAGGAGGAAGAUACUCCAGGCAUUUCCCGACAUGCAUAACUCCAAUAUCAGCAAAAUACUAGGUUCCCGCUGGAAAGCCAUGUCAAACCAGGAGAAGCAACCCUACUACGAGGAGCAAGCUCGGCUCAGCAAGAUUCACUUAGAGAAAUACCCCAACUAUAAGUACAAGCCCCGGCCUAAACGCACCUGCAUCAUCGACGGGAAGAAGCUGCGGAUCGGCGAGUAUAAGCAGAUGAUGCGAUCUCGGAGGCAGGAGAUGAGACAGUUCUUCACUGUAGGGCAGCAACCUCAGAUGCCGAUCAACACAACUGCAGGUGUUGUGUAUCCUGGAGCUAUCACCAUGGCAACCACCACACCCUCCCCUCAGAUGACGUCAGACUGCUCCAGCACUUCUGCCAGCCCUGAGCCCACCAUCCCGGUCAUUCAGAGCACCUACGGGAUGAAGAUGGAGAGUGGAGGCAUGGUGGGCAACGAGACAGUGAACGGAGAGGAUGAGAUGGAUAUGUACGAGGACUAUGAGGACGAGCCCAAAUCGGACUACAGCAGUGACAAUGAAACUCAAGAGGCCGUCAGCGCCAACUGAGAAGCGCCUGCUGAUUACAGCAAAGAAAAACAAAAGAGAAAAAAAACUCUUCUGAACAAACGUUCUUAAAGAGCCUGCAUGCAUAUGUGGCUCUGACAGAUUCAACAGCAAAUGGUCUUAAAUGUUUCUUAAUGUGUGAAGCAGUUUGAUUGUUUUUUUUUAAUUCUUUUAUUUUUUGUUUUGUUCAUGGACAUUUUACACAUUUAGGUUUUUGCCUACAAACCUUCGGAUGACAGGACUUGAAACCUAACAUUUAAUAAGAAUCCAUAGCUCUCUCACAGUCUUACCUUUUCUUAUAUAUAAAUAUACAUAUAUUUUUUUUUCUUUUGAAUGCUUUUAAAAGCUUACAUUACUGUUUUUGAUGGGGGUUAUAUUCUCACUCAGGUAUGCUGUGCCAGCCAACAGCUUGUGAAUGUGUUUUUAAUCUGAAUUAUUUAAAAAAAGAAAAAGAAAAAAAACUUUGAGAUUUCAUAUUGAGAUGAAACAUAGAACAAGUCCACAAGUGUGCAGAAGUGCGCAGAGGGAAAACAUCAGACUCCCUGAUUAUUAUUGUUAUUAUUAUUGCUAUUAUUAUAAUUAUUAUCAUUGUUGUUUUUUUCCAUUUUGUACAGUUUUAACUCCAAACGUGCCAAACUUUUUCAGAACGUUCACGAAAUAUCUUAAUCUUUUAAGUCUUAAGGGAGACACUGCAAAAGUCUUAGACAAUCUUUUGGUAUCUUAACUGAGACAGCAUAAAUAACGAACUUUUCUUUUUUCACUACAGUAGUAAAGUACUCAGGAAUCUGGUGACAGGUUGUUGUUUAGUUGUGGAAAUGGUUGCCACAGUGCACAUGCCCAGAUGCUUUUGCCUGUUAAUGUGCCAUGAGUUCAGGAUUUCUCAAGGAAGCACAACAGAGUGAUCAGCAGUUACUUGUCAGCGACGUCUACAGAAACCAAUUUCUGCUGCAUUCAGUUCUGUAAGGUCUUUAUUCAGCCCUUGCAUUCAAUCUUACAGAGUUAAUUCUUAAUCAGAGUGAUUGUAAUCAUUCCAGAAUGCCAAGGGGCCAAUAGCUUCCAAUCUGUGAAAUUGGAAAGGCAGCAAAAGGCAGCUUUGGUGGCAUCAGAUUUGCUGUGGUACAGUACGUACAGUAGAUUUUGUUUAGCACUUCACCCCUUAAUAAGACACAAAGUUUAAAUUCCUUAAUUGAUUUUUUUUCCAUACGAUUAAAACUUAAUUUAAUCAACUCAGAUAGUCUUAACACUGACAGAUGAUGUUUACAUGCAGGAAGCCUCAUAUUCAAGUCUUACGAAUUACUGGAUUGUUGGAAUGAAACUGGCAGUGAAGUCACAUUAGGAAGCAGGUGCUAAAUGUGCAAUUUCAGACACAAUGCUUCUAAUUUCGGUAAAAUACAGAUUUAUAGAUUUCAUAGGAUGACCACAGGGGCAGACCAUAGAUAGAAAUUAUCAUUUUCCUUAGAUGUGUUUUUAAUUUACUGUGCUCUGAAUUAAAAAAUCAUCUGGCUUUACAUCAAGAAUUAAUGAGACACAUUAUGCAGAGUAACAAUUUUUUUCUAUAUGAAUAUAGGGUAGAAAAUAUGCUAAUGUUUCAGAAAAUGACGUGUUAUGACAUGUAUGUAAAUUAAACCCUGAACAUUAUUUUUAAAGGUCAGGGUUGCAUUUGGUUCACUUUUAAAUCUGACCGGUUUUUAACGUUUUCAAAAUUUUUCAAAAACUGUUCCAAUAAAGUACCUAUAAAGUAAACCUAUAAAGACUCUAGGACAUAUUAGCCAGUGUCUUACAAUGUAGGAUACACAAUUUAAUCUUCAUUAAUUGCCUUAAUCAAGAAAAUUUAAUCUUGAUUAAUGUAACUCAGAAGCAGGACAGUGAAGUGCCUCCUUAUUACUUUUCAAGGUUAUGGGGCUUUUGUGACCUUUUAAGUUUGUCUUUGGAGGAGCAGCCAGUAGACUUUGUUUUAUAUGACCUACUGGAGUCUAAAAGGGUGGCCUUCUUUUUGAGAACAUGAGAUGUGGCCCAUUUGGUGCAGUUUCGGCUUUCUUCUCCAGUUAAGCACCUAUCUGCCCCUCUAACCCACAGGGUGCUUUAUCCGUUCCUGCCCAUGGUAGCCUUUACCCCAAGGGGGUGCCAUCUGUCUCCAAAAUUGUUCGGAGCAUCUAUGAGAGGCGAACAAUGGGGAAUCUCAAGCAGCAUUGAUUGUGCUGUUCAUCAAAGUGCUCUCACAAGGCCACAGUGCAAAAGAGCCACGAGAUGCUGGUGAACAGAUGGAAUAAGUGAGCCAAGCUGUGAGGGAUUAUUAAAAUGACUGACGAGUAGGUAUCGUCUCAAAUAGAACAUUAUUAAUGUAUGAGUCUUGUUAUUUUUGGUAUGCCCUUGAACUGGUCUGUUUCAUCAGCAGCAAACAAUGUUGGCCAGCAAAAACAUUUCAAAGUUCCAGGCCAUAUUGCCACCUUCUUAACCUGUGUCGGCUGUCGCUGAUCUGAUGAUCACUCUGUUACUUUCAGCAGUUCAAAAGGUACUGAGUUCGAGAAUUAAGCAUUUUUGACUUUUACAUUUUGAUCAAACCUUAAAUCUCCCUUUUUUGUUUUUCAUGCAGAGUAUUUAUUAAGGUCUUAAAACUUUUGAGCAGUUCUCAUAAGGUCCCCUUAUUUUAUUUUUUGUGUGAGUGCAUAGGACGCUAAGUAGAAUGUUUUGUACGAUUAUUGUAUUGUUUUUUUUUCUUUUUGCACACAGGCAAAAAAAAAAUAGUUUUUAGGUUAUAUAUUUUUUGAUUGUUUGUAUUUCCAUUCUUCAUGACCAUGCCAAAAUAAUAUUUUGCAGGCUGAUGGAAAACAAAGGACUGUUCUUGGGACUGAAACUUGAUUGCGCUUGUAGUACAAAAAAUAGAAAAAAAAAUUAAAACUCACACAGAGACAUUUUUUUCGUAAGUGUUAAAAGCACUGGAUAUAAAUGGUAUUUUUUAUCAAUUCUGACUAAUGUGAAGCUGUUGUACGAAAAAACUACAUGAACAAAAGUCAUCAGUUUUGACUCCUGUGGGCUUGUCUCACAGUUGCCAGAUUUGAGUCAUUUUUCUGUCUAGUUUAUUUAUGCAAAAAUACAUUAUGUAUGAACACUUUGUUUUAGCUCCAGUGCUGUGUAAACAAGAAUGUUCAGUGAACUCAGCCAUACGCUCACAUAGUGACUGGUCAACUGAGACACACCGGCCUCCAAAAGCCCAUUUUGUUAGUCACAUAUGUUUGUGUUGUGUAUUGUAUUUGAAACUCUAUAGUACAUACAGACAUUUUAUUGUAUUUAUUAGCCAGUGUUGGCUCUAAAAGUGUCAGUGCAAAAUAAUUAAAGGACAAUCAGAAAAAAAAUAAAAAUGAACACGGUAAGACUUAAAAUGUUUUAACCUAAAU